AGAACAACAGUAAAUCCUGUGUGCAAGGAACAGAAGUUGUGACGAGUUACUACUCCUGGAUCCCUAAUAAUCAGGCUUUAAUGUAAUUCAGAUGCCAACCCUAGAACCAUUCAGCACAAAACGAGGCAAUUUGACCCUCCGUUCACUGAGACAGCAAUCACACUUAAAUGCCAAGAUCUGCAGAACUGCAUCAGGGUCUGCUCUACCAGGUUGCAGAGUUACAGAGCGAACAAGGAAAAGGCAGGGAAGUGGGACUAAGUGCGCAGCUCACGCAGAGCCGCACAAAUAUAACAAGACUUACGGAGCUUGCCCUGAAACGCAUCUAUGCAAUACAAAUGAGCCCUUCUAUCUGUAUCCAGGAAAAUGCUGGAAUUAUUUGAAGAAGGAUUUUAGAAUCAAAACUGGUGGGCUUACAAAAGUAAGUCUUAGAAAUGAGUUUACAUUUACAAAAAUAUUAAAACAAAAAGCAAGUACAACUUGUCUUCAAUUACAAACUGACUUUCCAAGUCACCAUCUGGCUAAUUUCAGGUUGACACUUGGAUUUUACAAAUUCAGUAAGCUUUACUUGACAAAAUUCUUGCCAGAAAAAAAAAAACACCAAAAGCAAAAACUGGAUAAGAAGCAAAAAGAAAUAUACAAAUUACAUUAUGGUCACACCCAGAGAACCAACACCUUGUGUCAACAGGGUACAACUCAGCCAUUCAAAUCAAUUUUAAAAAAGAAAACAUAAUGAUCUUAAAGGCAAACUAACACUGCGAUUAUUGCAUGUCAUAUUUGGUGCUGUUAUUCUUCUCAGAGCGUUAUCGACAUCUGUUUAUCUAAGAUUAUGCAUUUUAGAUUAAAAUUAGCUUUCCCACAA